UUACCAGAUCAACACCAACAGAAAUCACUUCCCAGCAACCAAGACUUCCCAUUCGAUCCGAUCACAAGAAAAUAUUAUACCCUCAAGCUUUUCGACCGGCGUAUUUUAGUAGUUCAACAGCCAACACCAUGAGCUCUCGGAUGGCCGGAGCCACGCUGCUGCGCCACCUGGGCCCCCGCCUCUUCGCCGCCGCCGAGCCGGCGUCCAGGCUCGCCGCGAGCGCGAGGGGCAUCAUGCCGGCCGCCGCGAGGGUCUUCCCCGCGCGGAUGGCCAGCACCGAGGCCGCCGGCCCGCGUGCCAAGCACGAAGAAGCCACUGAAAAGCCCCAGGGCGCAACAGCGCCGGAGCAGAACAAGAAGGCCGUGCCGAGCUACUGGGGUAUCGAGCCGCGGAAGCUCGUCAAGGACGACGGCACGGAGUGGCCGUGGUUCUCCUUCAGGCCGUGGGACACGUACAGGCCGGACACGUCCAUCGACGUGGCCAAGCACCACGAGCCCAGGGCGGUGGCGGACAAGGUGGCGUACCUCAUCGUGCGGACGCUGCGCAAGGGCAGCGACCUCUUCUUCCAGCGCCGGCACGCCAGCCACGCGCUGCUGCUGGAGACGGUGGCGGCCGUGCCGCCCAUGGUGGGCGGCGUGCUGCUGCACCUGCGCUCGCUCCGCCGCUUCGAGCACAGCGGCGGCUGGAUCCGCGCGCUCAUGGAGGAGGCCGAGAACGAGCGCAUGCACCUCAUGACCUUCAUGGAGGUGACGCAGCCGCUGUGGUGGGAGCGCGCGCUCGUGCUCGCCACUCAGGGCGUCUUCUUCAACGCCUACUUCGUCGGCUACCUCGUCUCCCCCAAGUUCGCGCACCGCUUCGUUGGCUACCUCGAGGAGGAGGCCGUCCACUCCUACACCGAAUACCUCAAGGACCUCGAGGCUGGCUUGAUCGAGAACACGCCCGCGCCGGCCAUCGCCAUAGAUUACUGGCGCCUCCCCGCCGACGCCAGGCUCAAGGACGUCGUCACCGCCGUGCGCGCCGACGAGGCGCAUCACCGUGACGCCAACCACUACGCAUCGGACAUCCAUUACCAGGGAAUGACGCUGAAUCAGACGCCUGCGCCACUCGGCUACCACUGAUCAGUUCAAUGGACGACCAUAGAUCGAUGCCUGCUCAGUCCACCGCUGUCAUCUACUACCACUGUCGCCGACGUUUGUCCCGUUAGUUUGAGAAGAUGGAUUGUUGCGCGCGCAGUAUGUUUAUGUCUAUGAGUUUUGUGUCACUUUGUACCCAAAGAUAUGUUUUGUAAGCUGGUAAUUCUUGUAAAUAUGAUUUGAUUACUUUUCUUGAAAAAAAAAAACAUGUGACAUUUGGGUACAAAGUGAUACUAUUACUUGUG